UAAUGGCGACUUCAAGUGACGGGUCGCUAUACUGUAAACUGACUUAAAUAUAUUAGAUUUUUAGAAGUAAGAUCUGUAUUUUCGUAAACAUGACGGGGAUUUUACCAAGCUACCAGCGUUUUGUAAAUGGAGUACCCGUCCCGUCCAUAUCUCGGCGUUCGUUCCGCCUACGAGAGAAAUAUUUGAUUGUUUCUGUACUUUUGACAUUUGGAAUUGUGUGGUUAGGGGCAUUAUUCUAUUUACCAGAGUUCAAAAGUUCUACCAGUGUAAAUGACAGUGUUUACAAAGUUUACAAACAUAUCCAGAAAGCUGGACCUGAACUCCUUAUGCCCCCUCCUUUGGCUCAAAAUGAUGCAGAUCCAGGUGUCAUUCGGCACGGCGGAGGAGAGGAUCCUCAUGUUAUUGUAGACAGGAAUCGGCUACGAGCAAAAAUUGAAGAAGAUAUGGGAAUGAAGGUGCUAGAGAGACCCCAAUUUGACGUUGUUCCAUCAGUUUCAUCUUCAAAAAGUCCACAGAAGAACCCAAUAGAUGCGAUCGAAGAGCCAGAUGCAGCUAAUAAUGCUGGCGCCAAGAAUAUUUCGCCAUCAGGGCCCAAGGCAGAAGCGUCAGACAAAUAUGUGGCUGUAGCAUUGGGACCAAAUGCAGAUCCUGAUGUCAAACAUAAACUGGAAACAAUAAAGGAGAUGAUGCAGCACGCGUGGAACAACUACAAGCUGUACGCGUGGGGCAAGAAUGAGCUGAAGCCCAUCUCCAAAAGGGCGCACUUGUCCAGCGUAUUCGGAGGCGGCGACCUGGGCGCCACCAUCGUGGACGGCCUGGACACUUUGUAUCUCAUGGGGCUUAUGGAUGAGUUCCGUGAGGGCCGAGACUGGAUAGCUGAGAAUUUCAACAUAUUUGAGAUUGACUCUGAGUUAUCGGUAUUCGAAACGACGAUCCGCUUCGUGGGAGGCCUGCUAUCUUGCUACGCACUCACGGGGGAUACAAUGUUCAGGGAUAAGGCAGCGGCCGUGGCGGAUGCACUGCUGCCAGCCUUCGAGACGCCAACUGGACUGCCGUACGCGCUUAUCAAUCCUUCCACUAAGGUCAGCAGACAGUACCACUGGGCGGGGCCCAACAGCAUCCUGUCGGAAGUGGGCACUCUACACUUGGAGUUCACGUACCUCAGUGACGUCACGGGGAAAGAUGUUUACAAAAACAAGGUGGAUCGCAUCCGUAAAGUAUUGUACAAGGCGGAGAAACCCAACGAUCUAUACCCGAACUUCAUCAACCCACGGACCGGCCAAUGGGGUCAAAAGCACAUAUCUCUAGGCGCUCUAGGUGACUCCUUCUACGAGUACCUUCUGAAGGCGUGGCUGGUUUCCGGGAAGACCGACAACGAGGCGCGAAUCAUGUUCGACAUCGCGAUGGAGGCAGCCCUGGACAAGAUGCUGAAGACUUCGCCAGGAGGACUGUCGUACCUCGCCGAGUUGAAGUAUGGCAGGGUGUUUGAAGAUAAGAUGGACCAUCUGUCGUGCUUUGCAGGCGGCAUGUUUGCCCUGGCGUCCACAACCUUAGAAAACACGCAAUCAGAGCGGUACAUGGACGUCGCUAAGAAGUUGACGCACACAUGUCACGAGAGCUACGAUCGCUCGGAGACCAAGCUGGGACCAGAGGCCUUUAGAUUCACAGCGGCAGUGGAGGCUCGUGCUCAGAAGAGCAAUGAGAAGGUGUACCUGUUGCGUCCGGAGACAUUCGAGAGUUACUUCAUCAUGUGGCGGCUCACCAAGGACCAGAAGUACCGCGACUGGGGUUGGGAGGCUGUACAGGCCCUGGAGAAACACUGCCGCGUGGACGGCGGCUACACGGGCCUCGUCAACGUGUACCACGCGCAGCCGCAGGGCGACGACGUGCAGCAGAGCUUCUUCCUCGCGGAGACGCUCAAGUAUCUAUACCUACUGUUCUCCGACGACGACCUACUGCCGUUAGAACAAUGGGUGUUCAAUACUGAAGCUCAUCCUUUCCCCGUCAAGCACAAAAACCCGCUAUACCGAGAACACGAACAGCCAAUCAAGCCACUAGACAAUCAGGUGUAAAGCAGUGAAACUAUCGGGAUUGUUAUACGGUAAUGAUUUGAUCUGGUAUUUGAUUUUUUUGGUCAUUUGUUGAUGUUUAAAUGAAAAUUGUGGGUGAUCUAUUGACGUUGAAACGCAAAUCUAAAAACGAUCAAAAGUAAAUGAGUAUUUGCGUAGCCCAGCGUUAAGUAACACUGGUUAAAAAAUACGACGUUAUAAAUGUUUUCGUUGGAUACAUUUCAAAUCUAAACGACCAAAUUAAAUAUGUAUUGUCGUCACGAUUUUAUUGCAUUGGGAUAGACAGAACUUUAAAGUUAAGCAGCUUGAUAUAAGAGGAAAAGAUAAUACCAAAAUGAAGUCUUAAAAUCGAGUAAUUGGUUGGCCGUCCGAUGUUUAUGACAAUCUGCGAGUGAUAUUUAUUUAUUAUUUUAACUCGGAGUAGCUAAAAAUACUGACAAGAAUUCAGAAAAUGUCUGAAAGUUUCUCAAGUGUUAAAAAUAUUAUUGCGCAAUAAAGAUAUGGUGUUGUCAAUUUUAAACUAAAUUCAUGCCACUGUAAUUUGUUGAAAUUACCAAUAAGUCAGCAUUGUUUAUCAUGUCGUUUCAGAAUAAAUAUUUUAUUUGGAGAAAUUUUGCAAAAUAAAUGUCAAACAACUUGUAGCUCAAAAUCUUUUAAAGACUCUGUAAUGGUUUAAUAAGAAAUAAGAAUUUAUUUUGUUAUGAUAUUUGUAAUAGAGAAAUCCGUUAACAGUACUUUUGUAACGAAGUUCAAAUAAGUAGAAAUAAUUAUCAGUUUAAUUAAACUCCGUUUUCAAUUUCAUUCUUACUAAAGAAAAAGACGAAAGAGAUUAACUUAAUGUAAUUUUAAAAUUAAAUUGAUUUAUACAUUUUUGUAAGAGAUUAAAGAAUUUAGAGUUUCUUAGACUGAAACUAUAAAAUAUUCAUUCAUCUUAAGUACAUUUCACGAAACAUAUUGUAUAGAAUUUCCUAAUAUUAAAAAUAAAUACGGUCUUUACUUGUUAGUGAACCAAAAUACUUAUAUAAUUUAUACUCUGAUUAUGAAAGCCAUUAUUUAUAAAAUUAAUACAUUAACAUAUAAAUAAGCCAUUUAUAAAUCCAUAAAUUACUAUGUUAAUUUAUAAUAAUCGAUUGAUUCUAGACUAGAAUACAACCGACCACAUGAAGAAAGCUGUGAAUAGUUUAUGUUUUUACGAAAAUAUAUUUCAAAAUUAGCUCAGUCCCAUGGCAAGUGGAUAAUUGCCAAGAUAGCCAAUGAAAAAAGAUUUGAGAUGUUUGUUUGUGGUCGGCUAUGAUAAAAAUAUCACGCGUAAUAAUAUAUACCAUAAAAAUAUUAAUUUAAUUACAUACUAAGCCCCGUAGGACAAUCUACAACAGUUCGCUCAUUUAACAAAUCACACAUUACAAUAUCACGAGUGUGUGAGCCGACUGCAAACGAAUCAAAUUGCUAUAACUAGCUAGCUACAACGUUGCGUGUAGCUCGACUCCGUACCAACGACCAAUGUAGUUAGUAUACGGGCAUUAUUAAAAUUUGCACAAAGCUUUGUCGAACCUAGGCAUUAACUCCCGUUUUUAUUGUAACAUAUUAUGUAAGGUCCAAGAAAAAACAGAAAUUAUUAAAAGAAAUUUCAUGUUAAUUAAAUGUCGCAAUGACUCGAGAUUUUUUGGCAAUUUAGACAAAUUAUUAUUUUUAACAUAGUUUUUUUUAUAAGUUUAAAAUUACAUUAUUGCUGUCGUCGCUUCUGGCUUAAAUUAUUUAGUAGAUUACUGUUUCCAACGUAAUUAUUUUUUUGUUUGUACUAUGGAAAUAAUCCUUAAAUAAUUUCUGUUAAUCGACGGGCCUUGAGUUUUAUUGUAUGAUUAAUAAGAAUUUCCAUUACAUAUUCAUUGUGACACUAUUUUUUUAUUUGAAUUUUAUAUUAUUUAUGAUUAUGAUAAAGAAAUAUUAUGUUUAUUUUAUUAUUUAUGUAACAGAUCUCGUAAAAGGUAGAGUUUGUCAUGUUUUAAAGUGUACCAUAAUAAUUUGUUUUAUAUUGAAACAUAUCCCCGUAUGAAGAAUGUAGAAUAUGUAUAGUAUAAAGACUGUAGUAAGUAGCUUAAUAAUAUAAAUAGGUGCAUUUACACCGGCCUAUGAUAACAAUAGACAAUCUUCGUUUUUGUUAAGGCGUGCACAGACAAGUAACUUUUCUUGGCAGCUUUUUUGUCCCUCUGAAUAUGACGAUUUAAACUGUCUAGUAAAACGUAUAUGAAACAUCGGGUACAUGCAGUUUAAUCUGUACAUCUUCUUAUUUAACGCACAAAAAAUUGCCGAGAAAAUGCUCGCCUGCGCAAGCAGUUGUGUUGUGUAUUUUUAAUGUUUGUUGUUUAAAACGACAGGAUAUGGAGUCCAAAUAUUACAUUAUUAUUAUAAGUUUCUUUCUGGGGUUAAGACGUUAUUUACAUCAAUCACAUUGCUUGGAAUGUUUGGACUUACUUAUUCUUUAUUCAAACUGCAGAAUAUUUUGUGUUUAUAGCGUGACUAAUAGAUUACAUAAUAUAUUAAAAAACAAUUUCUGCACCUGUUAAUAAAGCAUUUUAGUUUGAGUUUACCACAAUUUUAUGAUAAUUGCUAAUUAUGAUAUGUCAUUAUGCAAAGUGAAACUUGAAAAGUUACUAUAAUCACUACUAAAUAAUAACAAUUUAUACGGUAAAUCCCUCGAUUAGAUGUUAGAAUAAUUAAAUUAUGUGUAAAUUAUGUAUAUAUAUUUAGUCAUAGAAAUAACCAUAAUGAUAGAUUUUCUGUGUUAGGUAUAAUGUUAUUUUAAUUGUGUGAGCGAGUCUGUUGAAUGUGUUUUGUUUAUGUUUAUGUACGUAUUCGGAAAUAAACUGCCACAUGUAUCUACUUUUAUAUAUUUUCUACACUUUAUUAUAACUAUCCUACUCGUACUUAUACUCAGGCCUUUAACUCUUAUUUUUAACCUACCUCACUUAUUCCAACUAGCUAUCCACAAUUUUACAUAUAUUCUUCAUCUACACUAUUUAAUUAUUAAUGUUUAAGAUUGUGUAUUACCUAAAUGUUUUGCAUAAUAUUGAUCCAAUUAUAUAAUAACAAUUAUAAUUCAUAUUAAAACACAUGACAUAACAUUUUCAGAUGUACUUAUCCAAAUUAUAUUAUGUCAAUUUCAUUUUCUUUUUUAGAACUAAACAUGUAGUAAGUAGAAAAUUUAUUAUAAUUUGACUUAUCAAAUGGCUGAGUUACAUGAGAUAUAAUUUUUUUAAAUUUCUUUUUAAUACUUGGCGAAAAUUGUAACGUCAAAUUGACAAAACAUUUGUAUCGAUGCGCGCUGAUAAGUGACGAUCAUUUUACUCUGUUUGAAAUGAUAACUACAAGAAACGUUCUCCAUUGUAAUUUUUCCUUCUGGUUAAAAAUACUACUGUUCUUUUUUAAUAAUGAAAACUGAAAUCAGAUUUACUUUUUUUCAAUUCAAGUCCUCCGCAGACAAAAAGGGUACAGAGAAUUCAGUUUAUUGAAUAUUACCCAAAUGACUGUUUGUUUGUGCAGAUUUUAGUCUCAAAUUAAGGGCUGCCUAAAUGCAAAAUAGACGAAUUAUUGCAAACAUAAUUAGGGAAGUGUACCAGAAAGCUCAAUGAAUGGAUGACGACGCAUGCCUUGACGAGAUAUUUUUGGCAAAAAUAUCUGGUGUUUGGCGCAGAGAGGUUGUUACUGCCUGUUAUAUUAUGUAAUUUAUCUAUGAAGUUGUAGGGUUUAAAGUGAAUAAUGUACAUUUUCGGUUAUUAAUAAAAUGUUUACAAAG